UGUGUUUACUGUAGACAGCUAAAUUUGGUCAGAAGGGGCCCUAAAAAGAUGGCAAAAGCCCAUAAAAAGGCAUUUAACGCUUUUAAUCUUUAUUAGUCCUGCUACUGAAAUAUUUUAGAAUGGAAUUAACCUGAAGUGCUAACAAACUAUAGUACAUUUGUGCUGACUGUUUAGGAAAUGUUGGUCUAUCAACUGAUCUUUUAAGAAUUAGCAAUCCUGUUGUUAAAAGGGCUUCAAACGCUCUCAUCAAAUCUUGCUCCUUAAUCAAAUGAUGGAUAGAGUUUUUCUGGUUUGUGCUUUUUAACUAGAAAGCACAAUUUAAUUUGAAUGAUUCUAAUUUUCUAAUCAAGUCAGCCCAUUUUUUCCUGUGUGGGCUUAACAUUUAAGAGGCACUCAAGCAAUUUUAUAGCAUUUUCAUUAAGUUGGGAGACUUGCAGAAGACAGAUUAGACAAAAAGGUUGAAAUGAAAAACUUUUAUCUCCAUUUAUUGUCAAACUUCCCCAAUCUGAGACCUGAAUAAGCCUUAAGGGUUAUUUUUCAGACUUAAUGAUCCAAUAAGAGCCUAAAUAGAUGAAUGAUGCUCAUUAUUGUAUAUUCAUAGGUAUUUAAGAAUAGCUGUAAUUAAAUUGCAUCCUUAUACUAAAUCUUUUUAGAGACUUUUUAGACUGUCUUUCAUGUAAAUUCUGUUUGUCUGCUUUGUUUUCUGCAGGCAGAGGACAGUAAUCAACAAACGCAGCCAGAAUGAGAGAAGAAGCUGUGACUGGAUUCAAUCCCUCCUUCCUCUGUCCUCGCUCUUUCUGUGGCUCGAAGUCUGACGGACUAAUGCUCUGUUGGAGAGAGAUUUAAUUGGCUCUGAACAGACAACCAGAACAAUAAACAACCAGAAUAAAUACGAAAGCAGUCACGUUGGGAAGAGAGUGGGAGGAAAGAUGAGCUAAGAGCUGCAACCAGGCGGGCAUAAAAACUGGACUUCUAUUUUUAAAUGUAUACUUUCAUAAAUUCUUCAAAAAUCUGACUGGAAUAUUUCUCCAUUUGGACGUGAUGUUUGUGUUUUUAUGUCGUGGAUUUUUUGACAAAAGGACUUUUUUUCUGCAGGAGUACCAUGCUUUGAUCACAAGACUCUCCUGACUUCUCAUUAAAACAGAAGGAACAUCUUUCUGUACUUCACCAGAAAAGAAAGAGGAAUUUCUUUGUCGUUUCGGUGUAUUUGUGAUGGCCCUCUCAGAACCAGCUGACAGGUAUCUUGCAAAUUCUGAAAGUCGACUUUUUCCCGAGAUUUAGUCAAAUUAACGACUUCACGAUUCACUCUUUAAACUUCACACGUGCCUCCCACCAACCCCCCCCACCUUCGAACAUCCAUCCAGUCAUGGGCAAGCCUCUUAGCCGUCCCGGGUGUUUCAGGAAGAGCUCUUGCUGCCUUGAAAAACAUGGCAUUGGGGAUGGGGGAGUGGGAGGUCGAGAUAUGGGAGUGGAGGGGGGAUACGGAGACGGCUACGUUCCCCAGCGUUCCAUUUACGACACCAUGUGCAUCAAUCAGCAGAUCGACAGCCAUCACCACCACUCUGGAGGCUCUGUGAGGCGAGACGGAGGGGGAGAGGGGAGCUUUUACUCUGCCAGCGGCUCCCUCCGAGUCAGCAGGUCCCCGGCAGACAUGUUCGAUCCACAGCCCCGCUCUUUAACUCCAAACCCCUCCUUCGUCCGCCGGCUGGACGAAAGAGCCAUCUACGACUCGCUGAAGAUCGCAGGUCAGGAUGGAGAAGGUGGAGGCUGCCAUUCCCCUGGAUGUUUCAACCGAUCCGUUUCUCCCUCUGUGUCGUCUUUCUCAGCACCGGGAGUGUCCUCGUCCUCUGCAAAGAAGCACCACCAUCACCACCACCAUCACCAUGGAGACAGCACCAAGAACAGAGAUAGUCGACAGUCCUGGAAAGUCUUGACACCUCCGAAACACAUGGAGUGUCUGGAGCUCACAACAGCCGAGAUGAUGGACAGAGGAGGGGGGUAUCUGAACCCAGGACACUACCCUCCAGGGGGGCAGUCCUCUUCUCUAACAUCCCCUCUUAUUUCACCCUUCUCUGGAUCCCCUCUCUCGUCAGGUUACCACACUCCAGUGUUUUUCUCCCCGGCCAAACCUCGGCCAAGUCAGAGCCAGAGUUUACGUUGUUCCCCUCCCCAAGUGAUCCAGCCGAGGCAUUACUCCCAAACCCAGAGCCUGAGGAUGUCCCCACCCCACGAGCUCAGACGGUCGCCCUACAGAGCCCCGCUGGUCCAACUGUCCGCCCACGACCUGGAGCAUGACCUGAGGGAGCGGGGAGGAGGGUGGGGGCGCAACGAGCGCGACAGGGACUGGGAAAGGGAGAGAGAGAGGGAGAUGGAGAGGGGGUGGGCCCAACGAGAGUGGGAGAGGGAGAGAGAAAGGGGGAGGCUGGAGAGGGAGAGAGCUAGAGAGAGAGAGAGGAGGGAGACUUCCACGUUUGGGACCUUUGGUUAUGGCCAACCGGUUCCUCUGCGUUCAGACUCAGUGUUUCUAGAGUCUGAACAGGGUCUGGACACAGCUCCUCUGUUGCUCCCCCAGCCCUCACCUUCACCCUCACCCAACGCUGCUCCGAGAAUGGGCACCGGAGCAGUGGGUAGGAACAGGGCUGGGUCAAAAGUUGGCCCUGAGGUCGUAUGUGGAGGGAUGGUGACCAAGUUUGACAACGGGAGUGUCAGUUUGAUGCUAGUUGACAGUAAAUCUGGGCAUGGGCCCAGGUUAGUGAGCGAAACUAUAACUGGAAACCUGUCAGAGGCUGAAAUCAGGGCAGGAAUGCACGAACACCACCGAGUGGAGAGCUGGAACAAAUCCGACAAUCGGUCCAGGGCGAGUGUGAAGAACAUGUCAGAAAAGAGGGUGGGUUCUCAGGUGAAAACAAGGCCAGGAGGUCGGGAUUUGGAGGGAAAAGUGCAGUCCGGGUUGGAGAUUAAGGAAAGACACAGAGUGGAGGCUAAGAAUGGAGAAAAAACUGGUUGGGUGAUGACUCAACCAGAACCUGCUACCAAAGAAGUUCCUUUUAACAGGAGCGACACCGAGAAGAUGACCAGGCUUGUAGAUAAGGCUCAGCCUGAACCUGCAUCUGGUCUUGGGAUGAAACCAGAACCUGAUGUAGGAUUUGAGGUUAAAGCUGGUUCUCAACAGGUGGAGAAAAAGAUGGAAAUGGUAACUGAAGUUAAAGCUAAAGUUAACAAUGAGGUUAGUGCAGCACCAGAGACCAGAAUAGAAGCUAAAGCUGAGACAGAUAUUAAAGCUGCACCUAAGUCUAAGCCUGAGGCAGAACCAGAAGCAAGGGGUGGGGAAGAGACAGUGAAGGAGAGCAGCAGUGAAGCCAAGAAUGACUCAAAAACUACAGAUAAAGCUCAGACAUGUUCUGGAGAAAAAACUGAAGCUCCUUCUGUAGAUAAAGCAGAGAAAAAACCAGUGGAGGUUGAAAAAAGUACAGGGAAAAGUUCAAGAUCUAAGUCUAAAUCAUCUAAGUCCUGCUCCAGAACUCGACCUGGAACAGCCACAGGGCUGCGACCAGGUGCGCUCAGCCCUCGACAAAACAAAGGGCUAGGAGACUUUGAGUUAACUGGGCCACCUGAAGGCAUCGAGUCCACCUGGCCCCGCAGAAUCAUGGUGAGAAAGAGGACUGUUCGACAGGGAGGGGCGCUCCAUAAUCUCCCUAUCCUCCCCCCACUCCCUUCUGUUCUGUCAGCUUUGGAGAAGAGGCGUCCACACCCACGUCCAGGUUCAGAGAAUCCAUUAUCAAGUGUUAUGAACACAGGUCGGUGCUCACUGAGGGAGCCUUCUCACCCAGAACCAGCACAGGGGAGCAGUUUGGUGGGCAGAGCUUCCCUCAGGGAGCAGAACCUGGAGCACUGGAGGGUCUACAAAGAGAAUGAAGAACCCAGGAGAUCCAGAAGCAGGGAAAAACAAGGAGAGAAGGCUAGGGAGAAGACUGAGAAGGAGGAGAGGAAGGAGAAUGAGGAGAAGAGAGAGGAGAAAGUGGAGAAGGAAAAAGAGAAGGUUAGUGUUGAUAUGGAGCUUUCAGAGGAAGCCAAACAAGCAACGACAGAGAAAAGGACGGAGGAGAAACUUCAAGAAACUUCAAGCAGAAAGAGGGAAGAGAAAAAAGAGAGGGAUGUAGAAAUAACAUUCAAAGAAGAAGAGGAUGGCGGGAUGAAGACUGAAGUUGUAAUUCAAGAGCAACAAGGUCACGACUUGGUGGAGGUGGUGGCUAAAUUACACCAAGAGGAAGGUGAGGUGGAGGGAGGAGAGGGGGUGACACUUGGGGAGGAGGGAGGGGUGGAGAGUUGGGACGCUGUACUCGACAUGGUUAACACACUGUGGGAUGAUAGCUGGGAAAAACGAGGAGCAGGAGGAGGAGGAGGAGGAGGUGAUGCAGACUCCUUCUCAGGCUCCCUGCAGCGUUGGCCUCUCCUCCGCCCCCCGGUCGGGUUCGGGGGCUCCCACCCCCCAUCCUCGGCAGCCUCAGAGCUCAGCCUGACAGAGUUAGAGAGGAGGGCCAGGGAGCUGGACUCGGACCUGGAGCAUCUGGACCUGUCUCAGCCUCACAGGGAAAACCAGGAAUCGUACCAAAACCUGCUGGAGCCACAGAGGGAACGGGCUGACAUGUACCAGACACACCCAGGACCACAAAGAGACAAGGCUGCUCUGCUUACAGGAGUGAGCAGCAGAUCCCAGGUCAGUCUGGAGCUCAGUGUGAUGGCCUCACCUGCUACAGACCCGGACAGGUCACCUGCUGACUGGUCAGCUAAAUCUGCAGGCACUUCCACUGUUGGAACCAGCUCCACUAAAGAGGACAGCUCUCCUGACUCCAAUCUAACGCUGGAGUCCGACUCCAGUGGCGUCUUCCUCUCCUUAUCCAAUCAAAGCCAAGAGGACGCCGGCUCUGACAGCGACCAGCCAAUCAGUGGAUCUGAACUUGGCAGCAGCAACACGUCGCUGGAGAAAGAUGGGGAGGAUGGAGGGUUAAAGGAAUGGGGAAGGGAGGAGAGUACAGAGCUACAGUGGUGUUAUCCGUCCGUCCUCAGCACCCUCUCGCAUGAAGAAGUGGACGGAGAUGGUGAAGGAGAGGAGUCGGGAUGCGGAGGGAUGGGGGAAGAUGAAACAGGGAUGGAUAAGACCCCACUAGAGAAUACUGACAUCAGUGUCCCACAAAGUGAAGAAACACCACCCAGGAAAAAAGUGACCCUCAUGGGAGUAGACUCUCCUCUUCCUCUGUCGCCCUCAAAACAACCAAUCAAACAUCUUCUGGAUCCCAUUCAGAAACCAAUCAGAAGCUCAGGAUUAGACUGUGGUGACUUGGAUCCCUUUGUCCAGUCAGACAGCUUUGUUUAUCUCGCUGUGUCUGCGAGACCGGCCACAAUGGGUGAAGCCCCUGCAGUGAAAGAGAUUUUACACCAUGAUACAAAACAAGAUGCACAGCGACAUGCAGGCAGCAAGAAGGUACAUGUGGACCUGCCAAACAUGGAGCAGGACACAAAGCUGAUGCACCUUACCACACAAAAACCAGAAGAAGGAGACUUUCUGUGCACAGACAGCUUUGUUUACCUGGCUGCUCCAGCCUGCCUCCUGCUGGGCCCUGCAGGCACUACACCCUACAGCGGCAAGGAAUCAGACUCAGAAAGUUCUGGCUCUGGACCUGUUGACGUAUCAGUUCUGGGGUGUGGCUCAGUGGCAGGAGACAGCGAUUGGGAUUCAGACCUGUCUGACUCCGAUCCCAGUCGCUCCUCCAGAAUCUUGGCUGCUGGUAACAAACCAGCCGGCGUGGCUCGACCCAAGAGACCGCCCACUGAGCCCGACUGGGAUUUGUAUGAAGAAGCCACUGAACCCGAAAUGCUGGAAGAGCUUCAAGAUGAGCACGACAGAAGAGAAAUUACUGAGGUGACCACCGGCGUGGAAGCAGAAGAGGAAGCAGCAUCAGCCGUUCCCAUGGCAACCCCAUCUGUAACAACAGCAGCCCAGCCGGCGACAUCAGCGGAGCAGAGCACGACUAAGAAGGUGACAUGGCAGUUUAAACCAGCACAGAGGUCCGUUUGCACCGGAAGCAGAAAGGAAAAGGAAAAGGAAUCUUUGGCUUUGGGAACAUUCACAGAACCAGGAGGAGGCGACACCUUUAGACCCUCCCCUUCUUCUUCAUCGUCUUCAUCCUCAUCACCCUCAUCAUCGUCUUCUGGCUGAUCACUUGGGGAGAAGCGCUUCAACAGCUGAAGACAAAGACCAGGAAGGUAGAAAAGACUUUUGAUGACUUGAAGAAUUUUUGCCUGUUAAUUUAGAAUUUUUUGCAUCUAGCUGCUGCCAUUGCCUUCUUCAGCCUUGUAAAAGCUGCAUUUAAGAUGUUGCAUUUUUCUUAGAAUAGCCAACGAAAUAUCUUAUAUAAUCUCUGUAAGUUGAAGACCGAUAGUAAAGAGCUGAGCCACAUUUCAAUUUUACUUUAUUCUCCAAAUAAUAAAAAAUAAGUAGUUCUGUUGUUUUUUAUGCUGUUGAAUGAACUGUACAGGAUCCGUAAAAGCACAAAGAAAUGAGGUUUAACUUCUAUUACCAGGCAGAUUUAAUGAUUAGAUUAGAUUUAUAAUAUCACAUAAAAAUAAUUCUGUAAUCCAGUUAAGAUUUAUAAAUGUAAAUCUGUAUCAGCCUCUAUUAAUUACACUGUUUUCCCCUAAAAAGAAGAAAAACACAACUACUGAUGGAGGAUUCCUGUGUACAAUGUAUUUUCUAACCACAGCCAACUUUAAAGUGUUAUUUACAGUGUUUUAAUAAUAUAUUUUGAUCAUUGAGAUAUAUAUAGAUGUGAUGAAUGUGCAAACAGGAACAAAUUAUGAAGGUUUUAACAUAAAUGUUUAUUUAUUAACUAGAUUGAAGUUGUGAAUGUCACGAUUGAGCAAUAUGCUCACAGAUUUAUGCUAUAUUCUAUGUUUCAUAUGUGGACAGUGUUGAUAUGUAUUAUAACAAUAGCUGUUUAACUCUCAUGCAGCCGGUUAUUGAUUGUAAAAUGCAGUAUUACACACAUUUAAGGGUUUUUAUGUGUAACAUUUUUUUAACAUCAGCUGUUGAGGUAAACAGUGAAACAACGACUGAGAUGACUGACAGCCUUUAUGCCACACAGGUUGGACUUUUCUCCCAGUAAUCCUCUCUUUAUGAUGCAAAUGAAGAAAACACCUUCAUUGAUCUGACAACACUUUAUGCUGCAAAUAAAUCUACAUGCAGGCCAGAGACUGUAAACAAAAAGUGGAUCCAGCUUCCGGUUUUAAAAGGAGACGUGCUGUCUGUGGGAUUUCAGUGAAAAUGUCAGCUAGGAACGAUUUGGAAAAGAAGGAUUGAACAAAAAAGUUUUAAAUAAGAAAUUACAAGGUACAGUUUUAUAGAAGAUUCUACAUUUCACUUCAAUGGCAAUGAACAGCAUGUACCACAUCCCUGAUGCAAAAGUUCUUGGCUCUGAAUCAAUCUGCAGAUUCAUCCAAAUAAAUAUGGAAGCAGGUUUAAGCAAUUUUUUUUUUAACUAGAUUUGUGAACUAACCAAGUAAUGCUGUCAAACACUAACCAAAAGUGUUAAGUUACUGAAUGAAACUAACCCAAAAGUAAAAGAAAAGAAAGAAAAGAACUGUAUGUAACCACAUUCACCCUGUUCCUUCCUCUUUAAGAGAACUGUGAUAUUUUUAAGGAAACACUUGAGAAUAACAUUCACUGCAAAUAAAUGGUGAGCUAACGCUGUAAAUGUAACAUACCUGCUCAUUUGCAUUAUUUGUUAUUGGCUUAUGUCAUACUGGUGUCAUUCUAACUGGUUUUGAACCUUACUGAAAUAGCAAAUUCAGAAAAAAAUGGCUCAGUAUUAUCAUCUUUAAUAUGUGGUGUAAUGUAUGCAUGUGGCAUACUGAACUUGUUUUUUAAAUGAACAGAAAACACACAUUUAGAGUAAACAAUUAACCUGAUAAAAAGUUUUAAAAAUCUGGAAAAGAAGUACAGAAAGUUCUGUAUUUCACUAAAUCAGAUUGACUGGACAGCAUCUGUGCAAUAUUUUAAAAAAGAAAAAAGUGUGCAAAACAUGCAAUCGUUUUUAUUCUGAGAUUCUGGCAUGCCCUGCAGUACAAUAAACUGUGCAUGCAUCGUAGGACUGAGGCAGCGGCAAAUGAUUAAACUAGUAUUAUUUGCAUGUCAAACAUAAAAUUUUCAUGCAUAAUCAUGGUUAAAAUGGCAUAUAAUCAAGUUUUUGUGUGUAUUAUAAUUUAAAUUUAAAUAAUUCUGUGAUUUAUUA